AUGAUUCUUCCCUUGUUACUUCGACAGAUCUGGACUCUCGCAUUCAAAGACAUUCUCCUGGCAUUGAACCAAAAAAUCCGUGUCUUUACCAUCAUACGAGCAUUUUCAAUUCCCACCGUUUUCGUCAUCUACAUAUCCUUCAUCAUCAGGGUAUACUGGCCGCGCGAGAUAUAUGGCAUUGGGAACCCAGCAGCAGUUCGUCCCUUAUCAGACGCCAUAAGGGACGCGCCGGGAAGUCGACGCACGCUCGCUCUCUGUAAUUAUGGAUCACAAGGCGGAGACAUUGAUGAAGUUAUCGACCUUGUUGCAAGAUCAGCCAGCGGCAACAAUGGCCAGACCAUACAGGUUCUCCAUCAUCCUGAUGAACUCCUGACGCUUUGUAGGAGUACGUUGUCUGGAGUAACGAAAUGUUUCGCAGCAGCGGAAUUCCAUUCAUCACCAGACCAGGGCGGCAGCUGGAACUAUACCCUUCGAGUUGAUGGUGCCUUGGGUUAUAAGAUCGACGUAGAAAAGAACAAGAACGAUGCUGAGAUUUUUCUCAUUCCAUUACAGCAUGCUGUUGAUACUGCGAUAUCCAGUGUCAGCUCAGAAUCUCGGAGCAGCUCAGUUCCACCAAAGGUUCAUGCCUAUCCAUAUACCUCGGAGACACAGAAAGAAUGGAACUAUAAGCUAGUGACGGGUAUCCAGAAUGCCAUUGCCAAAUACAUCGCCGUGGUGUGGUACAUUGCAUUCAUUGGCUUAUGCUAUCAGCUUGUGGGAUUGAUGGCUAGAGAGAGAGAACAUGGCAUGGCCGAUCUGUUGGAGUCAAUGAUGCCGAACGUUUCCCGUUGGCAACCACAGAUGGCAAGGUUGCUUGGACAUUGGGUUGCCUUCACAUUGAUUUACUUUCCAUCCUGGAUAAUCAUUGCAAUCGUUGCCAGGCUCGGAUUGUACCCAAAUACCAACCCGAUCAUCCCCAUCAUCUUCUUCGUAUUGACUGGACUGUCAUUGAACUCCUUCUCGAUCCUUGGCGCAUCACUCUUCAGGAGAGCUCAGCUCAGCGGUAUAACGGUUGUAAUUGUGGCACUGGGCCUAGGUGUUGCUGCGCAAGUAGCAGCUAAGUCUCUCUCCACCGCAGCUGUUGCAAUACUAGGAUUACUGUUUACACCAAUGACCUUUGUCUUCCAUAUGAUAUGGAUGGCUCAUUACGAGCACAAGCGGAUAUCGCCCAACUUGAUCAAGGCGUCACCGGGGGCAUCAUGGGAGAUACCUGGUCUUGUAUUCUGGAUAUGUAUGCUGAUUCAGAUUGUUGCAUACCCUGUUUUGGCGGCCCUAAUUGAACGGAAGCUACACUAUCCGACAUCUCACGGAAGAACAAUCAUCUACGAGGAUGACGAUCAACCGAUCGUAUUGUCAGGAUUCACCAAAUAUUACCAACCUAGUUGGUUCUUCCGGACCGUCGCCCCAUUAUUUGGGAUUCACAAGCCCACCGUAAAGGCAGUCAAUGAUGUUUCUAUCGCCCCUAUGAAGGGUCAAAUCAUGGUAUUGGUCGGUGCAAACGGAUGUGGCAAGUCGACCACCCUGAAUGCAAUUGCAGGGCUGGGAGACGUUACAAGUGGUUCAAUUGUGGUGAACGGGUCUGGCGGUAUUGGUAUCUGCCCGCAGAAAAACGUUCUCUGGGAUUACCUUACCGUCUCUCAACACGCGAAAAUCUUCAACCAGCUCAAGUCGGUCACUCAAGCUCCCAAUCACCUGGCCGAACUGAGUCAGCUCGUAUACGACUGUGGUCUCAGCCACAAGAUGCAAUCGUAUGCUACCACUUUGUCUGGCGGUCAGAAACGAAAAUUGCAGCUCGUGCUAAUGCUCACUGGCGGGAGCCAAGUCUGCUGCGUUGAUGAAGUUUCUGGAGGACUUGACCCGCUAUCUCGAAGAAAGAUUUGGGACAUCUUGCUUGCCGAGCGAGGUAAACGGACCAUCGUCCUCACAACUCAUUUCUUGGACGAGGCAGAGUUUCUUGCGGACCACAUGGUCGUGAUGUCGAAAGGAAGUGUCAAAGCGGAGGGUUCGGUUUCUCAAUUGAAGACUCAGCUUGGCGAAGGCUGUCGUUUUCAUUUCCUUCAUGGGACGGGCUACAGCAAACUUCCAGACGUCGAAGAUUUGUUCGUCAACAUACCGAAAGAACAACUAUUUGACCAGACCAUAUACACGGUCCCUGAUUUCCAACGAUCCGCAAAUAUCAUUCGGACUCUGGAGAGCCGGGGCAUUAUCGAUUAUCAAGUCAGUGGCCCGACUAUUGAGGAAGUAUUCAUGAAAAUCGCCGGAGAACCCAAUUUUGUGCCAACUUCCGGUAAGCCGAAGUUGCUACUUGACGAGGACCAGCAUUCAUCUGUGCACGAGAAUAAGGAGGGCAAACAAACCGUUGUACAAACAACUGAGUCCGCCAACGAACCUCUCAUGACGGGCCGACCUGUUGGUCUCCCGAAGCAGACACUCGUCAUGUUUAAGAAGCGCCUAACAGUUUUCCGAAGAAAUUAUCUUCCCCUGGUCUUAGCAUUGCUCAUCCCUAUUCUUGCCACUGGUCUUGUGUCGAUUCUUCUGAAGGACAAAUCCUAUGGUGGCUGCUCCCCCACACAGCAGGUUGAUGAAUCAAAGUUCACCACGCUUGAAGACGACAGUGACUACCGGCCCUUGCUAGUAAUUGGUCCCAGCAGCGCAUUUGCAAACGUGGACCUUUCCCUAUUUCAAUCACUGCUACCUAGCCAGUUCGGGAACGCACAGUCUAACACGAGCGAUAUAUCGCAGUACAUCAGCAUUGUCGAAACUAUCGAUCAGUUCCAUGAGUAUAUCGAGGCAAAUUUCAGCUCGGUCUCACCUGGAGGAUUUUUCCUGGGCGAAGAACCGACCUUCGCCUUCUAUUCCAAUCUUGGGUAUCUGGGGCUGUACUCUUCCAUCUUCAUGCAGAAUGCAGUGAAUGUAUUAAUGACGAACACGACAAUUACUACAAAUCUCAGAUCAUUCAGUUAUCCAUGGCGAGACGAUACAACCGAUCAAUAUCAGUUCCUAUUUUACUUCGGGUUGAUUAUGGCUUGUUACCCGGCAUUUUUCGCCUUGUAUCCAACGAAAGAAAGAGUUUUGAACAUCAAGGCACUGCAGUAUAGCAAUGGUGUGCGACCUCUUUCGCUUUGGCUAGCCUAUCUAUCAUUCGAUUGGAUCAUUGUCCUUGUAUCCAGUAGCAUCAUGACAAUCAUUCUAGCGACAGCGACUCCAGACAAUUGGUGGAACAUCGGCUACCUUUUCGUAGUUCUGUUCUUAUAUGGCCUGGCAUCACUACUAUGGUCAUACACCAUCUCCCUAUUUGCCAAGUCGCAAUUGGCUGCAUUUGCUAUUGCAGCUGGAUCACAGGCUUUUCUGAUGUUGAUGUACUUCACUGGAUGGAUGCAGAUCCAAUCCAACGUAGACGCGAGUGAAAUCGACAGCACACUAACAAUCUUCAACCUCACAUUCACCAUCAUAACGCCCAUCGGCAAUCUCUUGAGGUCGCUGAUCAUCGCCAUGAAUCUCUUCUCGCCACUUUGCCGCGGAACCCCGCCGCGAAUCGCAACAUACGGGGGUGAAUUCAAGCUUUACGGCGCCCCGAUCUUAUACCUAUUAUUCCAAUCCGCAUUCCUCUUUUUCAUUCUCUUGUCAACAGAUUACAAGUGGACAGCCCGGUGGUUCAAGACCAAAGCGCCCGCCAAAGACCCAGAAGACCAAGACACCUGCGAGCAGGAAGUACUGGACGAAAUCAAUCGGGUCGCUGAAGCCUCUGACGGCCUGCGUGUCCAGCACCUCACUCGGCACUACAAGUCCAAGACAAAGACUCGAGCUCCACUUACCGCAGUCGACGAUCUCACAUUCGGGGUCCAGAAAGGCGAGGUCUUUUCUAUCAUCGGCCCUAACGGUGCGGGUAAAUCGACGACGAUAAGUAUGCUCCGCGGCGAGAUUCCGCCUAGUCGGCCGGAAGCGGAAAUUCACCUCGGCGAUGUCGAUGUGCUGAGAGAAAAGAGUGUCGCGAGGGCGAGAUUCGGGAUAUGUCCUCAGUUCGAUGCUAUUGAUCAGAUGACGGUGCUUGAGCAUCUCGUCUUCUAUGCCGGGGUGAGGGGCGUGUCGGAUCCGAAGCUUUGCGCAGAACAGGUCGUUAAUGCUGUGGGAUUGGAUCAAUUCAAGAAUACCAUGGGAAGUAAGCUGUCGGGUGGUAACAAGAGGAAGUUGAGCUUGGGUAUCGCGUUGACUGGGAAUCCUGAGUUGGUGUUGUUGGAUGAGCCUAGUAGUGGGAUGGAUCCAUUGGCAAAGCGGAUCAUGUGGAAGACACUGAUCAAAUUUGUGCCUGGGAGAAGCGUACUGCUGACCACACAUUCCAUGGAAGAAGCAGUCCACUUGGCUGAUCGCGUCGGUUUUUUGGCGAAGCGAAUGCUCGAUGUGGGAACAACUUCGCAUCUUCGGAACAAACACGGUCAUGGUUUCCACCUCCAACUCAUAUGCGCUUCCGCGCCCAAUACGCCCGAUGAUCAAAUCGAGAGUAUCAAGCAAUUUGUCGAGGAAAAGCUACCUGGUUCGAAGAUUGAAGGCUUCGCCUACCAUGGACAAAUGCGAUUCAGUGUCCCUGCCAAGGGAUCCAUCACCUCCUUCGAGACAUCCUCUGAAGACAAGAUAGAGGAGACUAUACAAGAGAGUGAAGAAGAUGUCACUGUUGGCAAAUUAUAUGUGCUCCUCGAGGAGCACAGGGAGAGAUUGGGACUGGAGUUCUACUCUGUUAGCCCGUCGACGUUUGAUGAAGUAUUCCUGAAGGUCAUAGACAAACACAAGAACUUUUCAAGCGUACUGUGA